AUGGACGAUGAGGUAAGGGCAACCUUUCUUCAAAUGGCCCAGGCCAUCACUACUCAUGCUCAAGGCAUUACGACACAAGCUAACCGAGAGGUUGUACCUCCAAAGAACCAACAUGUUAGUACUAUGGCUACCCGUUUGAGAGAUUUUACGAGGAUGAAUCCUCUAAUGCUCUUCGGGGAUGAAAUGAGCCGUUAUGUAGCGGGCUUGUCCGAAGAGCUUGAAGAAGAAUGUUUUGCCUCUAUGAUUCAUGAUAACAUGGAUCUUUCAAGGAUGAUGGUUCAUGCACAACAAGUAAAGGAGAGUCAUCUAAGGAAGAAGAAUAGAGAAGCUAAGAAGGCAAGGGUGCGUAACUCUAAAUAUCAAAAGGGGAGAAAUGUUGAUUCACCAAGAGAAAGACCAACUUGUGGAAAGUGUGGUAAGAAACAUGUGUGUGAAUGCCUUGUUGGAACGAAUAGUUGCUAUGGUUGUGGAAAAAGUGGCCAUAUGCUUAAAUAUUAUCCUAAUGUGAAGGUUCAAGGAAAGGGAAAUAGCCAAGUUCAAUCAAGCAGUCCUAGCUCUGAAGCUCCAAAAAGGAACCGGUUUUAUGCACUCAAGGCGAGGGGUGAACAAGAGAGCUCUCAUAAUGUAGUAACUGGUAUGUUACAAGCCUUCUCUAUUAAUGUUUAUGCUUUGCUUGAUCCUGGUUCUACCCUUUCUUUGGUUACACCUUUGGUAUCUUGGAAGUUUGAUAUACUUCCCAAUGUUUUGGUUGAAUCCUUUUUGCUUUGCACCUCAAUGGGUGAUUUGGUAGUUGCAAGGAGAGUCUAUAGAAAAUGUCCUGUAAUGCUUCCCAGUAGAGUUACUCUUGUAGACUUGAUAGAACUUUAA